ACAUAAUAAUAACAAUGAUGGCGAAAAUUCAAUAUAAGUAGCAUUAUGUUCUUUUAAUUUGCAUGCUGUCUCUUUUCAACAACACCACUCUGAUCCAUCUUCUUCACAAAGAUAAUUGAGAUGGCAAUUGAGGAACACAAAGAUGUUGAGAGUGGUGGUGAUUUGCAAGAACCGUUUAUUCAACAUGCACAUGAUGGAUCCUCCUCCAUUGGGAUGGUUAUACUUAGCACACUUGUUGCUGUUUGUGGUUCCUUCUCAUUUGGAACUUGUGUGGGUUAUUCAGCACCAACUCAAGCAGCUAUUAGAGCAGAUCUUAAUCUCUCUCUUGCUCAGUUUUCGUUGUUUGGUUCAUUAGUAACGAUUGGAGCAAUGCUUGGGGCUAUAACAAGUGGUCACAUUACUGAUUUCAUUGGCCGCAAAGGAGCGAUGAGAAUUUCAUCAGGAUUUUGCAUUACAGGUUGGAUAGCUGUCUUCUUCUCCAAGGACUCUUUCAUACUUGACUUGGGAAGAUUUUUCACUGGCUAUGGAAUUGGAGUUAUCUCAUAUGUGAAUCUUCGUGGAGGACUUGCAACAACAAACCAGCUUCUCAUUGUGAUUGGAUCAUCAGUCUCAUUCUUAAUAGGAAGUGUUGUAAAUUGGAGACUACUAGCACUAGCAGGCUUAGCACCUUGCAUUUGCUUGUUGAUUGGUUUGUGUUUCAUUCCAGAAUCUCCUAGAUGGCUGGCAAAAGUUGGGCGUGAAAAGGAAUUUCAACUAGCUUUGAGAAGACUUAGGGGUAAAGAUGCUGAUAUUUCACAUGAAGCUCAAGAAAUUCUGGAUUAUAUUGAAAGUCUUCAAAGCCUUCCUAAAGCUAAGCUAUUGGAUUUGUUCCAAAGCAAAUAUAUGAGAUCUUUAGUUAUUGGUGUUGGUUUAAUGGUAUGUCAACAAGCUAGUGGAAUCAAUGGUAUAGGAUUCUAUGCAUCUGAGACUUUCGUAGCUUCUGGGCUUUCUUCCGGAAAAGUUGGUACCAUAGCCUAUGCUUUAAUACAGGUUCCAUUUACAGCAUUGGGAGCAAUACUGAUGGAUAAAACUGGAAGAAGACCUCUCAUAACAGUUUCUGCUAGUGGCACUUUCUUAGGCUGUUUUAUUACUGGAAUUGCUUUCUUUCUUAAGGGUCAAAGCUUAUUGCUUGAGUGGGUACCAACAUUAGUAGUUUCUGGUGUGUUGAUAUAUAUUGCAUCAUUUGCAAUUGGAAUGGGAUCAGUUCCUUGGCUAAUUAUGUCUGAGAUCUUUCCCAUAAAUAUUAAGGGAAGUGCUGGGAGCUUGGUAGUGUUAUUGACAUGGCUUGGAGCUUGGAUAGUUUCAUAUACUUACAAUUUUUUAAUGGAUUGGAGUGCUCCUGGUACUUUCUUUUUAUAUGCUGUUGGGUGCCUCUUAACUAUUGUAUUUGUAGCAAAACUAGUUCCAGAAACCAAAGGAAAAACACUGGAAGAAAUUCAAGCAUGCAUUAACACAGAGGAAAAGUAAAUUAAUUAAUUAAUCAAGAAAGAUGAGAUGAAUUAGAUUCUAAAAUUGUAUUGUUCUUUUUUACAUCCAUUUUGUCAAUAGGAUCCCCAAAGAGUAAUAGAUGAGUUGCAGUAUUGUAACGAAUAGUAGUAGUAAAUAUGUGUUGAUUAAUUGUAAAAUUAUUGUUUUAAUUGUUGGCUCUCAAGAGUAUUAUUGGAUUAAGAAGUUUUUUUCAUAUUUA